AUGAGCUCGGAGCCCCCUUCGAACGGCGCAGGUACUGGCAGCAAGCGCAAACGUACGGCGCAGGCACAGUGCGACGGCGUCCAUCCAUCAUGUACACCAUGCACCAAUCUUGGAUACGAGUGCUCGUAUCCGCUCGACUCGAGCGCACCCGUUAGUGCAAAGACGGUCGUUGUCACGAAAGACUAUCUCAAUGCGCUGGAAGAGCGGAUCCGCCGCCUCGAGUCGUCAAAGUCGGUAGACUCUCCAUCCCCAUCACAGCAGUCACCGCUGUCUUCGACUCACCGCGCAACCGGUAGCUCAAGCCGCCCUCGUCAACACGAGCGUGGUGAAGCUUCGCCCGUCCCGCACGCAGCCUUUGCCUCAACAACGGUGCAGGCAGCGGACCUGGCAUUCUCAAACUUGACACCUCCUGUGGACCAUGUCAUCGUUUCGCCCUCGGCCUCGGCGGUCGUAGCACCCGAUGCGCCGAGCAUCGAUGGAAUGGGCCUGCUCCUCGUGCCCGACCGCGCCGCAACAGCUGCUCGGAACGCCGACGCGGGAGUCAACCUCACCUGGGCCACUCCAGAGGGAGAGGUAUACGGUGAAUCGUCUGGCAUCUCGUUCCACCGCCUGCUCAUCGACACCCUGUUACCAGGAUACGGUUGUUUGGCACCCAUCAACGGCGAGGUCCCAAACCACUCGGCAGAGGACGAUGGUAUCGGGUUCUUGGGCCUGUCGUCUCUCCCAGACGUUUUUGUGGUGCGCGCCGACGACUUGCCGUCCCGGAUAGAGGCACGCGCGAUGCGCGAGUACUUUGCUGGCCACACCUGGCAGCUGUACCCGUACAUCGACCUUGUUGCCCUUCAGCAGACCUACGAGUCUCUCCUCGAAGGUGUGACCACGUUCAUGAGGACCAGGCAUGACCCGGGACCCCGCCCGCCAAACCCUCUCACUUCACCUGCCAAUGAGCCGAUCAUUGCCCUGCACUUUGUCAUCUUUGCGCUGGUCCAGGCUCUCACCGAUGAGCAGUACACGAAGAUUGAUGUUCUCCGCAUCGCCCUGCGCAUGCUUCGCAAGCACCUCGACUGGCCGCUUCUUCUGAUGGGCGCCAUGGUGAUGCAGGGCAUCGACUGCCCCGGCUACAGCUGGGACCUGCUAGGAUCCUAUGCCGUUGGAUUGCAAGACGAUUCCAUCAACAAGCGCUUCCCUCCUGCGGAGCGCGAGAUGCGCACUCGCGUGUGGUGGGCUUGCUACACCUUUGACCGCUUCCUCACGGUCACGAUUGGUCGCCCCUCGGCAAUCAAUUCUGAUCUCUUCUCGAUGCCCCUUCCUCGACCACUGCCUGGAGAGAAUCAGAUCGCUGUCAAGUUCUUCUGCGAGUCCAUGUAG